UGUUACUAUACCGAACGGUUCUGCGAUCUCCGCUCGCUCUGCGGUGUGAUUUUUGCUUCGAAAAAUAAAAAAAACCAAAAAGAAAGCUACAAAAACACAGAUACGUACAUAUAUCGGUGCAGCGACACAAGUGCAGAUACAUAUGUACAGAUAUAGUUGUACUUGAGCAAAUAUUAUCAGAGGAAAUAAUAAGAAGCGAGGUGUUGUGAUUGAACCAAAGCAAAUAUAAAAUCAAGACCCGAACCAAGUAAGAAAGAAGCCACCCGGCGGCAUCAGUGGAAUUUCGAAGCGUUCCAGAAAUCCGCCGGAUUCGCCGCCAUGCACACGCUCUUCAGCGACCAGAACUCCUUCACCCGCCACUACGCCCAGACGGCCGCCGGCUACGGAUCGGCCUCGGCAGUGGCGGCGGCCAGCUCCGCUUCCGCAGCAGCGGCGGCACAUUACGCAUACGACCAGUACUCCCGCUACCCGUACUCGGCCAGCGCCUACGGCCUGGGCGCCCCCCACCAGAACAAGGAGAUCGUCAAGCCGCCGUACUCCUACAUCGCCCUCAUCGCCAUGGCGAUCCAGAAUGCGGCGGACAAGAAGGUGACGCUCAACGGGAUCUACCAGUACAUCAUGGAGCGGUUCCCCUACUACCGGGACAACAAGCAGGGCUGGCAGAACUCCAUCCGGCACAACCUCAGCCUGAACGAGUGCUUCGUGAAGGUGGCCCGCGACGACAAGAAGCCCGGCAAGGGCUCCUACUGGACCCUGGACCCCGACUCGUACAACAUGUUUGACAACGGCUCGUUCCUGCGGCGGCGUCGUCGCUUCAAGAAGAAGGACGUGAUGCGGGAGAAGGAGGAGGCCAUCAAGCGGCAGGCCAUGAUGAACGAGAAGCUGGCCGAGAUGAAGCCCCUCAAGCUGAUGACCAACGGGAUUCUGGAGGCCAAGCACAUGGCCGCCCAUGCGGCGCACUUCAAGAAGGAGCCUCUGAUGGACCUGGGCUGUCUGAGCGGCAAGGACGUCUCACACGCCGCCAUGCUCAACUCCUGCCACGACAGCCUGGCCCAGAUGAACCACCUGGCCGGCGGGGGAGUGGAGCACGCCGGCUUCACGGUCGACUCGCUGAUGAACGUUUACAACCCGCGUAUCCAUCACAGCGCCUAUCCCUACCACUUGAACGACGACAACCUGGCCAGCGUGGCCAGCAGUCAGAUGCAUCACGCCCACCAUGCGGCCGCCGCCCACCAUGCCCAGCAGCUGCAGCGCCAUGUGGCGCACGUUGCUCACCCCCUGACACCCGGCAGCCACGGAGGUGGUGGUGGCGGAGCCGGACCGGGUGGCGUCCAGUCAUCGGGUCACUCGCCCACCACGAUCUCAACGCCCCACGGACCGGCCCACGGCGGAUGGUACACCCCGGAGACCCCUCCCUCAGAGCCCAUACCCAACAACGGGCAGCAGGGCACGCCCACUCAUCCGGGCAACAACAACAACGGAACUAUUUUGAACAACAACGUGGGCGGCGGGAGCGGAGGACCUGGUAGCUCGGUGCUGACCAGCAGUCCCACCUCGGCCCUGGGCUUCCGGGACAUGAUCUUCGAGCAGAACCAGUCCUGCCAACUUGACACGGGCAGCCCCACCGGCAGCCUCCAGAGCGCCAGCCCCCCUGCCUCCGCCAGCGUGGCAGCGGCCUCGGCGGCGGCAGCGGCGGCGGUGAUCAGCAGCCACCACCACCACCACCAUCACCAUGCGGCGCUGAGCGGGAACCUGGGACAACUGGGCCAGCUGAGCAACCUGAGUCACUACCGGCCGCACGUGGGCCACUACCAGGAGUACGGCAUCAAGUACGGGGUUUAAGUGGCACACCACCAUGCACCAUGCCAAUAACAAUCCCGCCAAUCAAAGCUGGGCUCUCUUGUAUAUUCCUGUAAAUAUAUGGCCAAGAACGAACCGCAGCACGGAAGAAUCUUUAGAAUACGCAUCUUGCAUCUCUUGUAUCUCAAAGCGAGUUUGUUUUCGAUUCUAUCUCGUUUUACGAUUGUUUUCCACGCUCCACCCCCCCUCCCAAAUGGUAUACGAAGCGAAUGAGUUUAGUUUUUAAGGAACUCAGCCUAAUUGUAUUAUUAUUAUUAUUGUAUUGUAUUAACUGUAUCUGGUAAUUGUAGCCCGUAAUUGUUAUCAACUUUAGGCUUAGUCCCAAUUGUCUGCUACGCAAUUUGUGAUGAGAGAUUUUGCUACACAGAAUAUAAACUUAAAUUUAAAAAUUAGCGCAUUUUGUCAAUAACUAAACCACUAUUGAACACACGGAUUUAUCGCUUAGUACUCUAGCCUAGCCUACGUAAGCAAUAAUAAAUUAUACAAAUAAAUCAUAACUCUAACUAUAAUUAUCGAAACAAGAAAAUGCAAAAACUAGCCUACAACCAAUAUG